AGAGUUCAUUCAGAGUGUGUGAGAGUGUGUGUGAGCACCAAAAUCUCGUCUAGUAGACAGAAUUCCCAAGUCCUAUACGGACGGGCUCCUGCUUUUUAUUUAUUUAUUUUUUUUAUUUUUAAAAAUUUUUCCUCUCAGGAACAUGUUCCAGUAAAGUUUCUCCAAAUGCGCGUUGGCACUUUUUCCGCGUCUCCCGGUGGCCUGAAGUUGAAAUGUUCGCCGAAAAAUCAUUUUAUGGACUGGUUUUCGUGUGUGUAACAGUUUACCCGCUUACACUCGCCGAGAAACCCGAGGAUGGUUGUGGCCAGUCGGAUCUGGGUCCACAGAGUGGUCUCCUGUCCUCGAAGAACUAUCCGGACGAGUACCCCAACAACUCGUCGUGUGAGUGGAAGAUCCGCGUCCACAGCAGCCUCAGGAUCGUCCUAAAGUUCGAAGAUGUCUCCAUUGAGGGAGUGGACUGUGAGACAGACUAUUUGAAGGUCCUAAAGGAGAACCAUGGGACGACUUUUGUGUACUGGCAGUAUUGCGGCGAGCCGAAAUCUCACCCCAGAGUGACCAGCCAGCCUCUUUACACAAACGCCAGCGAGCUCACGGUGAGCUUCCGCUCCAGCCGUCACUCCUCAGGCAGAGGCUUCCGGCUUUCCUACAGCACAGUCAACCACACAGAGCUGCUGACGUGCACAGACAAAGGCAGCCAUUUCUCCCAAUCCCACUACAGGAAGUUCUGUCCUGCCGGAUGUGGAGCUGCAGAGGGUGACGUGGCCGGAGACGUUUCUCAGGGCUACAGACACACGUCAGUUCUGUGUAAAGCCGCGGUCCACGCAGGAAUCUUUCCGGACCAGUUCGGGGGAGAGAUCACAGUGGAGGAGCAGCAUGGACUUCGUUACUACGAGUCGGUCCGGGCCAACGGCAUCCAGUCCAAAACCGGCUCUUUGUCUGAUAUUCUCUUCACAUUUGUCACCAAUGACUGUCCCAAUCAGAUGUUGCUUCAACCCGUGUCCGUCAGCUCCUCGUGGGAGAAGGACGCAUUCGAUGGGACUCGGAGCGAUCGGUCCCCAGGCCUCGUCCACUCCGUCUCCCCGACGGGAAUCUGGGACGACGAGCCAGACAGUAAACACUGGCUCCAACUCGACCUGGGAGAGAAGAAGAGGAUAACAGGGAUUUUAACCAAGGGUUCAGAUUCCGGUUACUUUGUGGAGAGCUACAAGAUCUUGUACAAGGAGAAGAACCGCUGGCGCACGUACACGCAGUCCGACAGCUCUGAAGACAUGAUAUUUGAAGGGAACGUGGACAAUCUCUACCAGACACGCAACGCUUUCCGCCCCUCUUUUGUGGCACGUUACGUCCGUGUCGUCCCUCUGCGGUGGCAAGGGGGGAUCGACGCUCCGAGCGCGGAGCUCCUGGGCUGCUCGUAUGUCAGAGCUGCUCCAGUAGUCAACGCGACGUUUCCGGACACGCAGGAGGUUUUGUCCAGCCGACCCGAACCGGAUGAAAGCGAAAUCCCGGAGCACCUGCCUCAGUCUGAUCUGGUGAAGCUGAUCAUCAUCAUCGUGGUGUCGGUGGUGGGGUGUGUGGUCUUGGUACUGGUGUCUGGGAUCUGCGUUUUUAAAGCGCUGCAGAAGAAGAAGAACAAAGAGAACAUGUACGACUCUGCAGAUCUUCCACAAACAGGUUGCUGGAAGCAGGUGAAGCAUCCGUCCACCAGGCAGCAGUCCACCGAGUUCACCUUCAGCUACAGCUCGGAGAAAGACCACCUGCCCAAAAUCGACCUGGUCACCAGCGACAUGGCAGACUACCAGCAGCCGCUGAUGCUUGGCGUGGGGACGGUGUCUAGGAAAGGCUCCACCUUCAGGCCCAUGGACAAGGACAAUACUAACGAGGCCACGUCUCAUUAUGACUACCUGCACACGGCCAAUCAGUAUGCUCUCCCACUGACCAAUCAGGAGCCGGAGUAUGCCACACCCAUCAUUGAGCGCCACGCCUUCAGGAAGGACGUCUUCUUUCCGGAUCCCAGCUACAGUGUCCCUGGGGCCGUCCUCAGCAAGAGUUCUUCGUUUAAAGCCACAGACAACAGCAACUACAGAAAGGUGGUGGGAGGAAAUGUGUCUGGGGGCUACCAGACACCCCACACCAAACGGGACGGACCAAACCACUCAGAGGGGGCCAAUCCUGGCAGAUCGGACCAGUCUGAGGGGGUUUACGACAGCCCUAAGGGCGGGAAUCCGGCAGUUCUGCAGAACGGAGGCUGUUCGGAGUAUCAGAGACCUCAGGCGAAAGGUUACACGGCACCUCUGGACUGCGUCCGGCCCGAUGUCUCCGUCCCACACCGGCCCGACCCUGAGGGCUGCAGCCUGAGUGGAACCUGAACACGGGUUAUCAUACAGACCUGCUUCAUGUGACCUCACGAAACAAAAAAACCUCCGGGAUCUUCUCAUAACUUAUUUUUAUACCAGAGAGUGAUACGGUUUUGUUUUUGUAUAUAUGUGCAGAGAAAGAUGGCCGUCUCGGUGAGCUUGAGGAAUCGUCAAUGCUGUGUAUGUGUGUGUGUGUGUGUUUUUUGUUUGUUUGUUUGUUUGUUUGUUUUUAAACUGCUGUGCAAAUUGGAAUAUUUUUUUCUUAAGAGUUUUAUUGGUUUUAUUUUUUUGUUUUUUUAGGAACAGGGUUGCUGAUGCUUUUGCCUGCCUCUCUCUCUCCCUCUCUCUCUCUCUCUCUCUCCCUCUCUCUCUCUCUCUCUCUCUCUCUCUCUCUCUCUCUCUCUCUCUCUCUCUCUCUCAGCGAUGUGGAAAUGUGUGUAACAUGUAAGGUAUAUAAGGCAUAUUGAAGAUGACCUCUAUGCAUUUGUGAUGCACUGUGAUCCUGCGUCUCCAUUUUCCUAGCUACUUAUGAGUAGCUUCAUAGGAGCUCUGGUGCAGGUCUGGUGCAGGUCUGGUGCAGGUCUGGUGCAGGUCUGGUGCAGGUCUGGUGCAGGUCUGGUGCAGGUCUGGUGUUUGGUGGGUGACGUAACUUUUUCUUUUUAUUUGUUUGAAUUGUCGAACGGCUCUUCUCGACCUUUGACUGACUGGUUCCUGUUUCAAGGAGACACUUCCUCUGUUCCUCUGAGCCAUGCGCAGUGGUACUGUUGCGUCAGUGUGACAUUUUUAUCGCAUGUACAUAUUCCCUGUACAGAUCUGAAAUGUUUAUGGUGGAAAGAGGACGGAAAGACGGGCGUCACUUAUUUAAAGCACCCGCAAAGCUGCUGAGGUGCAUCAAUGCUCCUGCAUUAAAGAGACAUUAAAGAGA